CACGUGGAUAGCUGUCAGACGCGUCGCUGGUUUAACGCCCUUCGACAACCCCUUGACUUCGCGCACGACUUGUUUUCAACCUUUAUUUUGUUCGGAAAAAAUCUGACGACGCUUCCAUCAAUUUCUAGCCUUUGCCGUAGUUCCCAACUCUCCACGCUGUAUAAGCUUGACGGCCAACAUGUCCAGUGGAGGUCAAUCAUCGCUUUCUGGAUUACGUACAAUCAAACGCGACUGGUCACAAAGCAGUUCUCAGUCUGAGGACCGUAUUUCAUGGCCGGCCACCCAGCCCGCCCAAUCUCAGUCUUCAAAGGCACCUCAGGCUGAAGUUCGAUCACAACGUAUGAAAGAUAUCCAACUUGCGCUUGAUGCGCUCGCGGGGAAGCAACCACCUGGAGAACGGCCAGAAAUCAGCACGAAACAAAUAGCGAAUGGGACCAAACGACCCCUCCCACCUGCUCCAGAUCCGCCACCGGCAAAGAAACGUCAGCUUCCGCCCAGUUGGAAUGAGGACACGCUAUCCUCCUCAUCUAACUUCAAGUCCUCGAGCAAAUUUUCUUUACCAACAGUAAAGUCUACGUCGUCGACAGUCGCUCCCUCGUCAUCAAAAUCUAGUUCCAGCCUUGCUGGAGUGUUCCUUAGUCAGGAACAGACACAGAUUCUUCGCCUCGUGGAAAGCGGGAAUAGCGUGUUUUAUACCGGUAGCGCUGGUACUGGGAAAUCGGUCCUGCUCCGAGAAAUCAUUCGCACAUUGCAAAAGAGAUACAUCAAAUCUUCUGAUGCUAUUGCCAUUACUGCAUCAACGGGAAUUGCGGCAUGUAACAUCGGUGGCGUCACGAUCCAUUCAUUUGCAGGCAUUGGCAUCGGAGAAGGCUCAGCGGAGGAACUCGUCAACAGAGUCCGUAAGAACAAGAAAGCUGCCUCGAGGUGGUUGCGGACAAAGGUCCUCAUUAUCGAUGAAGGUACGUUCGUUUAGCAACUGCAGACUUCUGCAUCACACGUAUCUUAUCAUUAGUUUCAAUGUUGGACGGAGAACUCUUUGACAAACUUGCACGAAUUGGCAGUUUGAUACGGAAAUCUUCAGAACCAUUUGGAGGAAUUCAGGUCGUGGUCACUGGCGAUUUCUUCCAACUACCCCCCGUCGGAAAGGGUACUAGUCAGGUCAAAUUUGCUUUUGAAGCUCAGCUCUGGAGCCAGACUAUCAAACGUACAUUCAA